GCUGCAUUGUCGGGCUUGUGGUUUGUUGUAUAAACACACGCGCUUCACUUCGUAAAACAUCCCGAAUUUAUAUUUAAAAAAAUGACGACUCCACGCAGGGUGCCCAUCAAAACUUUACUGGACACAAAUCUUCGGAUAAACUGGUCUCGAUGCGCGUUGAAGUUCUCCAGCUAACUCAGCCUCGCUUAGUUUAGCUUGCUAACCGCUAACCCAGAGACGCAUGUUUUGACGCAUCGCCGGAACCGGAAGUGAGGAUCAAGUUGGAGUGAGCAACGUUUUGCAGUAUUUAUCCAGAGAAAAUGCGUGUGAAGGAAGAAGCGCACGAGGAUCAUCUUUGUGGAACAAAAGAAGAAAACGAUCGCCAGCGCCAUCGAGUGGAAGCCGUUUGCAAGCGGCCUCACGUUGUGUUGGGCAGAGCAGACAUCAGUGAAGAUCUUCGUCCCGAGCAGCAGGAGUCGGUCUCUCCGAACACUAGAAAGGGAAGCGAGCCAGAGCCCCCCCACGUCAAAGGGGAGGAGCUCGAGAUCAAAGAAGAAGAGCAGGAGGAUGACAUCAGCAAGUUUCCGCUGACUGUCGUCGUGAAGAGUGAAGAUGGCGACCACGGCGGAGGAUCGCAAGCGCACGGCCUCAUAGCUCCACUAUCAGAUAGCGACGCCGUCACGUCACAGUCUUCUGACGAUGAUGGUGAAAACCCACAAAGUGACGCGACGCGUCGUACUGAUAACGAGCACGUGACGUCUUCUCGGCGUGACAAAACCUUUGUUGACAAGUCAUCCUUGAAAAGAGACACAAAAACACACGCUAGAGAAAAACGUUUUGGCUGCUCAGUUUGCGGCAAAGGAUUCUUUCGAAAGGCACAUUUAAUAGAACACACAAAAACGCACACCGGGGAAAAACCUUUUACGUGCUCGAUUUGCGGUAAAAGAUUCUCCCUCAAGGCACGGUUAACGUUGCACACAAGGACGCACACUGGCGAGAAACCUUUUGUCUGCGCCGCUUGCGGGAAAAGGUUUUCUCAAAAGCCAAAUUUAACGUCGCACGCCAGAACGCACACUGGAGAAAAACCCUUUGCCUGCUCGGUCUGCGGUAAAAGAUACUCCGAAAAGAAAACUUUAACAACGCACACGAGAACACACACGGGGCAAGAACCUUUUGUCUGCUCAAUGUGUGGAAAAAGAUUCACGCAGAAGAUACUUUUAAUAGCGCACACAAGAACACACUCGGGAGAAAAACCUUUUCCGUGCUCAGUUUGCGCCAAAAGAUUCUCCAUGCAGGGACAUUUAAUGGUACACGCGAGAACGCACACCGGAGAAAAACCUUUUCCCUGCUCUCUUUGCGGGAAAAGAUUCACUCAGAAUGAACACUUGAUAAAACACACGAGAACGCACACUGGUGAGAAGCCGUUCAGCUGCGACGCGUGUGACAAAAGAUUCUCGCAGAAGGGGCAGGUGAAGCGCCACAAGUGUGCUCAUGAGAAGAGCGCCGCUCAAUGAGGCGCUUGCGUGCUCGCUAAUCCACGUGGGGGGGGGGGGGGGCAAGAUGAAGCAUCGCACAGAAAAAAAACAAGACCGAAAGUGAGGGUGAUGCUGCAUAUUCAUUUGUUUACCUGUAUGUAUUUAAAAAAAACCCCAAAAAAACUAGUGUUGCAUUUAUGAAAUCAGUGGAAUGC